UUGGAGGUUUUCUCAGUAUUUAAAUCAAUUCUCACUUCCACUAUUUUAUUCACUUCCUUUCAACUUUUCUCCAUCCUCCUUAUCCCUGUCACUGCACCAAUCCCACCCUAAACAAAGUUCCCCCUCCUCACUCAUCACCUCCACCCCAUACCUCUGCCUCCUUUGUUUCUUACAUUAUUUCCAGCCUGCUCUCUCUCUCUCUCGCGUCUGAGAAGCCAUGGAUGUUGACAUGCUCAAAUCAUCAUCAUCAUCAGCAGGUGAUCAUCAUCAUCACAUGGACAUGAUGACGAUGAUGAUGCAAAUGCAAAAACAGCAGCACUCUCCUGAUCAGUUCUGCAGUGACUCUUACCCUAACAACAACAACAAUCCCACAUUUCCAGAGAUAGAUUUUAAUUGGGUUUCAAAUCCAAACCCAAAUGACCAUGAAUCCAUUUCUCCAGUACCAAUUUUCCAUAAUCCAAAUGCAGUUCCUCCACAACCAACAUUGCUAAAUCCUGCAUUACCCUCCUCUGUUUCCUUCAUGGGAAACCCAAUCCAAGAACCCUUAACUCCAAGACUAAGUAAGCCUUCUGGUAUUAGUCCUACAGGACUAUCAGUCCUAUCCAGUACUUCAUACGAGAAGAGAAACUCCAUGGCUGCAAUGAGGGAGAUGAUCUUCAGGAUUGCAGCAAUGCAGCCCAUUCAGAUAGACCCGGAGGCGGUGAAGCCGCCGAAGAGGAGGAACGUGAAGAUUUCGAAAGACCCACAGAGUGUGGCGGCGAGGCACCGGAGGGAGAGGAUAAGCGAGAAGAUCAGAAUCCUGCAGAGACUUGUUCCUGGUGGGACUAAAAUGGACACUGCUUCUAUGUUGGACGAGGCCAUACAUUAUGUGAAGUUUUUGAAGAAGCAAGUGCAGACUCUGGAGAGAGCUGGGGCUGAUAGACCAGUCGGCCUUGGAUUCCAAGGGAGUGGCAGUCAGUUGGGUAAUGUGAAUUACUCUGGGUUUUUAAGGCCUUCGCAGUUGGUGGGUUCUGUGCAGAUGCUUAGAUGAUGGGAGACUUGUUGAAAUUUGAAAUAUCAUGUACUGAUUGAGUGAUUGUUGUGUACGUUUGAGAGAUUGUUUCUGAGGGGAAUGUGGAUUAGUUGUUGAUUUGUAGUUGUUACUUGUUAUUUUUUAAAGGAAAAUUUGAUGUCUGCAUGCUUUUAGAGGUUGCA